CUGGGGAGGGAGCGCGCGGGCGGGGGAGCUGGAGCCGGGCGCCGCCGCCGAAGCUUCCGUCUCGCUCGCUCGCGCAGCGGCGGCAGCAGAGGUCGCGCACAGAUGCGGGUUAGACUGGCGGGGGGAGGAGGCGGAGGAGGGAAGGAAGCUGCAUGCAUGAGACCCACAGACUCUUGCAAGCUGGAUGCCCUCUGUGGAUGAAAGAUGUAUCAUGGAAUGAACCCGAGCAAUGGAGAUGGAUUUCUAGAGCAGCAGCAGCAGCAGCAACCUCAGUCCCCCCAGAGACUCUUGGCCGUGAUCCUGUGGUUUCAGCUGGCGCUGUGCUUCGGCCCUGCACAGCUCACGGGCGGGUUCGAUGACCUUCAAGCGUGUGCUGACCCCGGCAUUCCCGAGAAUGGCUUCAGGACCCCCAGCGGAGGGGUUUUCUUUGAAGGCUCUGUAGCCCGAUUUCACUGCCAAGACGGAUUCAAGCUGAAGGGCGCUACAAAGAGACUGUGUUUGAAGCAUUUUAAUGGAACCCUAGGCUGGAUCCCAAGUGAUAGUUCCAUCUGUGUGCAAGAAGAUUGCCGUAUCCCUCAAAUCGAAGAUGCUGAGAUUCAUAACAAGACAUAUAGACAUGGAGAGAAGCUAAUCAUCACUUGUCAUGAAGGAUUCAAGAUCCGGUACCCCGACCUACACAAUAUGGUUUCAUUAUGUCGCGAUGAUGGAACGUGGAAUAAUCUGCCCAUCUGUCAAGGCUGUCUGAGGCCUCUAGCCUCUUCUAAUGGCUAUGUAAACAUCUCCGAGUUCCAGACCUCCUUCCCGGUGGGGACUGUGAUCUACUAUCGCUGCUUUCCCGGAUUUAAACUUGAUGGGUCUGCGUAUCUUGAGUGCUUACACAACCUUAUCUGGUCGUCCAGCCCACCCCGGUGCCUUGCUCUGGAAGGAGGAAGACCUGAACAUCUUUUCCCUGUCCUUUAUUUCCCACACAUCAGGUUGGCAGCUGCUGUGCUUUAUUUUUGCCUGUGUUAAAGUCCUCUCCCACCCCAGCACCUACCUGUUCCUCAACUAGCACCACCACAUCUCUGUUCUAAAUGUUGUUCUCCUGCAAUAAAGGAUGUUUGAAUUAAACAUUCCAUUUUAUCCUAUACCGUAUUUCACCAUGAUCUGCACACCUGUUAGUGCAUCAAGGGAAGAACCAACUGGCAUUGUUUUGAAGGUGUUAGAAACGUUGGCCUCUUUAUUUUAGUGUGUAUCUCAGAGUUGGGACUGGCAAAGCUCUAUUUCACUUCACUAAGACAUCCCUAAAAUGGACACAAAUCCUUGUGUGUGGUGUCCGUCGGGUGAAGCCAUGAGGCUAUGAUAAAACUAUUAUCAUGUCUCACCUUUUUUCCCCCACUGAAAAACGAGACCAGACACAGCAUGAAUAUUGCAGCUCAUUGCCAACAGGAGAGAAGCGGACAAGGAACCACCUCUGGUUUAUUGUGAAAACUUUGACAUUUCCAUUCACUCAAAUAGCAAAUGUUUAUCAAGAAUCAUGCUGGCUGCUACAGGAGUUAGAAAAACUCUAGAGACACGGCCCCUGCUCUCAAAGAGUUUAUGAAUCUGUACAAGUAUUAGGCAUGUAAAAUGCACAAAGUGCCCAGGAACUCCAAGAUCACUGCCUGUGCACUCAGGGAAGGCUUCCCAAAGAGGCUGGUGUUUGUGUUGGAAUUAAAUCUGCAUAGGAGGGAAUAGCCAGAGGGAGGGUGAGGAAAGGACACUAAAUUGAAAGGAGGCUGGACAAUGAGGGAAGGCUUAUUUGGGGAAAUUGCAGUCUUAUAGCAGCCCCAUCCAGCCCAGCUCAGGCCAUUCUUGGCCAACACAGGGAAGACUUCAGGUCCCAUGCCUCAGCACCCCAUCCUUUGGUCCCGCCUCCCCACAUGUAGCCCACCUCUGGGAAGUUCCAUAAGAGACUAAAUAUGGUAAAAACUGGACUCUACUGUCUUUUGGGUAGGUAGGAAUUUUCCAGCUAGUCUGAAAAGAGCCGUAACCCUCUCAUGAAACAAGGAACAGAGACUUCACGCCUCGGGGACAGGAAUCAUCCGUUUCUGGCUGAGUGUAAGCAGAGCCUUUCUUGGAUUCUGCCUGUAACCACUGAAUGUGCAGACUCCAAGCCUCACAAAAGCCCUGUUGCUAAUAAUGUCUAAAGUAAGAAACAUUAAGAAAAAUGGAGUUGCAGAAGGAUCUUUGUUCAUGCCACCCACAGGUUUUCCCUGGGUGUGUUUCCCUUAGAACUAGCAACUGAUAUGAGUCACAGGCUGAGCCUAAAGGAGUUCUAAGAUAAGAACAGAAAAAAGUGCCAUAGCCCGGUCCACUUUUACUCACCGGAAUUUCUAGGAACACACAGGUUAUUUCAAACGCCAACCAUGUGGCCGUUGUUCACGGGGCUGUUUGCCAUGUGUCUGAGGCCUCUGGGUGUGGGAGUGUGUCCAUCCGUCUGUCUGUCUGUCUGUGUGGAACUGUAUGUCUGUUAAGGAAGGUGUAGAGAGGAGACAGUAGCAGUACUCAGUCGAGCCCCAUAGUGAGAGGCUGUGUUGGGUGAGAGGUGGAAGUCUCCUAAGCCAUGGGUAUUUUUAUAUUGGAAUUUUUAAAUAAGCCUCCCUAAGUUUAUAAUUAAUAAUACUUUUGUUGUUGUUUCCUUCCAAGUUAAAAGAAACGCUCCCACCCUCUACCCUCACCACACCACAUGGGGUUUCCUUUACAGAAAAGCUAAUGGUCUGCCAGGUGGAAUCAUUACAAACACUACAAGGUGUGAAGAUAUAUGUUUCUACUUAAGGGGAAAAUGCAUCUCCAUUACCAGCCGAUUAUGACAGUCUCAGAGUUAAAGCCUCUGCAAUGGAUGGUUUUUAUCUGGCCUCUGAGAAAAUGUGGUGAUGAGAUGUGUUCACAUUCUCUGAAUGUUUGGGGCUUCCCUGGUGCAAUCCUAGGUAUCCUAAUUGCAUAAGGAGCCUGGUAGUGCCCCAGUACGGGAAGGGCAGCAUGGGAACCCCAGCAAGUUUGGACACCAGUGAUACUAAUAGCUAUUAUUUAUUAAGUGCCUGCUGUGUCCCUGACCUUUGUGUUAUGCGGUUUUCAUACAUCUUCAAAUCCUCUCAACAACUGGAGGAGUUGGGAAUUGUUUCACUCAUUAGACAGAUGGGAAAGCUAAGACCCCAAGAAGUCAAACAAUCUGCCUAACACCCUGAAGCUCAUCAGUGGUAGAGCUGAGGUUUGAACACAAAUUUGGGUAACUCCACAGCCCAAGCCCCUAUAUGCCACUCCGUGCUGCCUGCCUUUGCUCAUUAAAUGAUUGAUUAAAUGGUUGAUCUGUAUGGUACAGAAAUUCUUGAGCACACCAUGGGACCAUUUGCCUCAGGGUGAAUGCAAUGAUUUGAACAGUCGUUCAUCCUUCAGGCCCAGUGAGAAAAAAAUGCUGCUGAUAACAAACUUGCAUACAUUUAUGUGGGCUCUUUCAUAACGUUUUCUGUGCUUUGAAAACAGUUUUGGUAAUUUUCUAAUCCUACAGUGGCCCUCAGGGGCUUGCUUAGAGAGCCUUUGAGGAGAAGUGCCUUCCUGCUCUGUGUACCUCUUUUUCUCUUUCAUAAAAAUGUUAGAUAUUUAAGGUGUACAACGUGGUUUUGAGAUACAUCUACAGUGAAAUGAUUAUUACAGUCAAGUAAGUUAAC